AUGCCCUCCUCCCCCUCCUUCCCUAGCUCCUUCGCCGCCGCCGCCGCAGCCGCCGAUAGACACCUAGCCAUGGUCGACUGGGCCGCCGCUACCAGAGACUUCGCCAUCGCCGACUGGGCCGACUCCAUCCCCGCCAUCCGCCCGCCUCCCGACCCCUGGGCCCGCGACAAGCUCUCGUCGGCGCUGCACUACCUGCGCGUCGCCCAGCGGCACAUCAACGCCGCCAGCCGCCUCAACGUCCGCGACGACCACCGCCGCGCUUGCACCUACGACAGCGCUGCCGCCCGCCUCUGUCUGGAAGAGAUGGCGCGCUGCAUCGGCGCGGCGCAGAAGCGUCUGGACGCUGUCGGCCAGCACAACGAGUACAUCGAGCGCAACCUGUGCCGCGUGCUGAGUGAUGCUGAGGCUAGCGUGGAGUCGACGUUUGGGGAUCUCCGCGUUGCGGAGGAGAACUGCGAGGAUGAUGAGUACAGGCUGGAGAGGGUUUUGUGGAGGAUGGGGAGGGAGUACAUUUGA